UCAAGUAUCAUGAGUGAAUAUAAGAAAUCAGAAAAAUCGUAUAAAUCUAUCAAAUAUGCCAAUCCAGAACCAGGCGAAGAAGUUGUUAUUUCCGGAUUUGCUGGGAGAUUUCCCGAAUCUAAUAAUAUGGAAGAAUUGAAAGAUAAUCUUUAUAAUCGCAAAAAUUGCAUCACCGAAAACUGUCGUUGGAAACUAGAUCAUCCAGAAAUUCCAAAGCGAAUCGGCAAAAUAAACAAUAUUGAGAAAUUCGAUGCAUUAUUUUUUGGAAUACAUUUCAAGGAAGCUCAUACGAUGAAUCCUAUGAGCAGAAUGAUGCUCGAACAUACUUACGAAGCUAUAAUAGAUGCUGGGUAUAAUCCAGAGGAUAUUCGUGGAUCAAAGACAGGUGUUUUCAUAAGUACAUGUUUCUCUGAUUCCGAAGCAACAUGGCUCCACGGAAAACUUCAGACAAAUGGCUUUGGAAUCACGUGCUGUAGCAGAGACAUGAUGGCUCAAAAUAUUUCAUUUUGGUUGGGUGUAACUGGACCGUCUUCUCUGAUUGAUACAGGGUGUAGUUCUAGUCUUUACGCAGUGGAACAUGCUUAUCGGGCUAUACGUAGUGGACAAUGCGAUUAUGCUAUAGUCGGUGGAUCAAAUCUUUGUCUCCACCCAUACGUAUCUCUACAAUUUAAUUGUUUAGGAGUGUUGAAUCAGGAUGGUCGUUGCAAGGUUUUCGACGAAGACGCAAAUGGUUACACCCGUAGUGAAGGUGUUUCUGUAGCAUUUCUACAAAAAGCAAAAACUGCUAAGAGAAUAUAUGCUACGAUUAUUCAUGCGAAAACGAAUUGUGAUGGUUAUAAACAAGAAGGAAUCACAUUUCCAUCUAACAAAAUGCAAAGUACUCUUUUUAAAGAAUUCUACAAAGAAUGCAAUGUAUCAACGGAUUUUAUUUCUUACAUCGAAGCUCAUGGUACGGGAACGAGAGUCGGUGACCCUGUAGAACUGAGUUCAAUAGAUCAAAUUUUCACUAAAAAUACCACUAAUUCUCUUAAAGUUGGUUCUAUUAAAUCGAACAUAGGACAUACCGAAGGAGCCAGUGGCAUUUGUUCCAUUGCUAAGGUGAUUAUAUCGAUGGAAUCAGGUCUAAUACCCCCAAAUAUUAACUUUAAUAUACCACGCAAAGACGUGCAAGCGCUUACAGACGGACGAAUAGAAGUUGUUACCCAACCAACUCUGUUAGAUGGUGAAUACAUAGCCAUUAAUUCCUUUGGUUUCGGUGGUACUAAUGCUCAUGUUUUACUCAGAUCAAACUCAAAAAUAAAGCACAAUAAUGAAUUGCUAAAUGAUGAUUUGCAUAGACUCGUUGCUGUCUCAGGACGUACCGCAGAAGCAGUAGAAAUCAUAUUAAAUGAGAUUGAUAACAGACCGCUAGAUGUCGAAUUUAUUCGCCUUCUUCAUGAUAUUCAUCACAAGGCAAUACCAGGUCAUUUAUAUCGUGGAUUCACGAUAACUGAUCUUAAACCAUCCGACACCAAAGUAAGGGAGAUUGAAUGCUUUUCUGGUACUAAGAAGCCAAUAUGUUUCGUCUUUACUGGAAUGGACUCGCAGUGGCUCGAAAUGGGUGAAGCUCUGAUGAGAUUACCAAUAUUUGCAAAAUCAAUAGAAAAAUGCAACUCCGUGCUAAAGUCGCGUAAACUCAAUAUUUAUGAAAUAUUGACUGGAAAAGAAAAUAACUUGUUAGACAACAUCUUGCACUUGUCCGUCGGUAUAGCUGCGGUUCAGAUCGGCUUCGUGGAUCUUUUAACUUCAUUGGGAGUUCUACCGGAUUAUAUAAUCGGAUAUUCUGUUGGUGAAUUUGGAUGUGCAUACGCAGAUGGAAGUUUAACAGCGGAAGAAACAAUAUUGGCAGCGUAUUUCCAAGGAAUAUCCGUAAUAGAAGCAAAAAUACCUCAUUUUUCUGUGGUUUUGGUUGGGCUGGGUUAUAAACAUAUAGAGGAUAUGUGUCCUGAUGACAUCGACGUUAUAUGUCACAACGGACCCCAUAGUUCAACGAUUACCGGACCAGCCGAAUCUAUGAAAGCGUUUAUUAAAAAGCUACGGACAACGAAAAUUGCUGUGAAAAUAUUAUCGGAAAAAAGAAUACCAUAUCAUAGCCGUUACAUUGCUACAGUCAAAGUCAAACUUUUGGCAAAUUUACAAAAAGUGAUACCAGAGAGAAAACCUCGAAGUCGUAAAUGGUUGAGUACAUCAGUAUCAUGCAACGAAUGGUCGACUGCUACUGCACAAUAUUCAUCGGCUGAGUAUUUUACGAACAAUUUAUUGAAACCUAUACUUUUCGAGGAAACCUCGGCUUUUAUACCUAAUAAUGCCGUUAUCAUUGAAAUUGCGCCGCAUAUUCAACUACAAGAUAUUUGUGGCCUAUCAUUGCAAACAAUGGUAACGAAUAAUACAUUAAAUCUGCCAGAUCUCAAAGAUAAUAUGAAGAUUUUUCUACAAGGAUUAGGAAAACUAUAUAAUGCCGGCUUACAGUUUGACCUUUCUAAAUUGCAUCCCUUUGUAGCAUAUCCGGUCAGUCGUGGUACUCCAAUGAUAUCCCCACUCAUUAGAAUUUAUAUCAUGUUUAGGUGGGAACAUUCGUAUGAUUGGUUCAUAACAAAUUUCAAAAUGCACGAGAAGUUUAUGUCCGGAGAAAGAAUGGUGGCAAUAGCGAUAGUAGACAAAGAUUUCCAGUACAUAAAAAGUCAUAUAAUUGAUGGCAGAAAUUUAUUUCCUGCAGCAGGAUAUUUAUGUUUAGUAUGGGAAACAUUCGGAAUGAUGAUGGGACAGCUCUACACAGAAAUGUCCGUUGUCAUGGAAAAUGUAAAAUUCAAUCGAGCUACUAUCGUCCCAAACGUGGAGAAAAUCGAAAUGAUGGUCAUGAUUCAGAAAGGUAGCGGUAAAUUCGAAGUUGUCGAAGGAGGUACUGCUAUUGUUACUGGAAAGAUUAGUCUUGCAACGAACUUAUCGAAGGAGAAAGUACCCCUUGAUGUACUAAAGAGAAACUUUGACGCUGACAGCGAAGAAGAAGAAUUAGAAGAGAAAGAUAUCUAUAAGGAGUUAAAGUUAAGAGGAUAUCAAUAUAAUGGUCCCUUCCGAAGCAUUCGCAGUGCGUCUGUUUCGAGAAGGAAAGGGCAUAUCGAAUGGAAAAAGAAUUGGGUAGCGUUAAUUGAUAAUAUACUACAGAUGAAAACCUUUAAUCUAGAUACUAGAGAUUUAUUUGUGCCGAUCGGAAUUCAAAAAUUGGUAAUAGAUACUAAUGCUCAUCAACAAUAUUUUCAAAGUGUGACCAGUACUAAAAAAUAUAUACCUGUACAAUUUUUCAAAAACGUUGAUAUGAUUGCAGCGGUGGGUGUGGAAAUACAUAAACUUAGAAUUAGUGAGAUUUCCAGAAAGAGACCUAUCAGUGAUCCAGUUAUCGAAGAAUAUAAAUUCAUCGCUUAUCGUGACAAGAAGGAAACAUCAUUACGAGAAAUAUUAACGUUAUCCGUGCAUAUCACACUUGAAAAUAUACCAAUGUUUAAGAUGAAGACAAUCGAACUUAUUGACGAUAAGGACAAUAUCUCAACCGAAGAAUUCGUCUCUCCAAUGAUCUUGGAUAUAUUAAAUAAUUUAUCUAUAGUGGAAGUUAACGUUAAUGUAUUCACAUCGAGAAACAAAGUGGAAGAUAUUCCUAAAGGUGUCAUUGUUGCAGAACCAAAUAUGAUAGAAACGGAUGACAUCGCUUCAUUCGCUAUUGGAUGCGGUUUGUUGACGAACGGAGAAAAGAACAGCUUGAAAAAACUUCUAAAAUUUACAAAAAAUGGAGCAUUUCUUUUAUCUCGUGAAAAAAGAAACAUACCAUUAGACCUAUCAAUUUUACAGGAAUUUCAAUUACGUAUAGUAUUAGAAAAAUGUACCUCCGAGGAAUCCUGGAUACUUUUCAAAAAGACAAAUAAAAUCCCGGAACAGACCAUGAUUGUUAACGUUCAGAGUAAUGAAUUUAACUGGUUGCAAAAAGUACAAGCUGUACUUAAAAGAAAAGAAGAAGAGGAUAUCAGCAACACGAGAGUCAUACUCGUUGAAGAAGGAAACUUGGAGUCCGGUCUCUUAGGAUUCAUUAAUUGUUUACAGAAGGAACCUGGUGGGAAUAUCUUUCGAGCUGUUUUAAUUCAAGAUCUUAAAGCCCCGAAAUUUUCUCUGAAAAUACCAUUUUACUCCGAACAACUCGAAACGGAUCUCGUUACUAAUGUUUUACGACCAGGGAAUGUUUGGGGAUCAUAUAGGCACCAGUUACUUCCACCUCACGAGCCCAAACUCACGUAUCACGCCAUUAUUAAUCAACAGAUACGUGGAGAUUUAAGCACGAUACGUUGGAUUGAAGGAGGUAUUACGAAGGAUUAUCAAAAUGAAGAUCUUGUUAGGAUUCACUAUGCAUCAUUAAAUUUUAAAGAUGUGAUGUUGUCAACCGGUAAAAUAGCACAAGAAGAAGGCAAUAGAAAAGAUGUAGAUUGUGUAAUUGGAUAUGAAUAUAGUGGUAAAAGUAUUAGUGGACGUAGGGUUAUGGGAGUUAACCGCAACAGAUGUUUAUCGAACCUUUGUCAAUUGGACGAAACUUUUUCUUGGACUAUACCUGAAAGUUGGAGUUUGGAGGAUGCAGCGACAGUACCGUGUGUAUAUUGCACAUGCAUAGCUGCACUUUACAUUAACGGAGAAAUGCAGAAGGGUGACAAAAUCCUUAUCCAUGCUGGUUCUGGUGGAAUAGGGCAAGCCGCAAUUAACUUAGCCCUUCGUGAAGGCUGUGAAGUCUUUACUACGGUCGGUUCCCUAGAAAAGCGUAAAUUCAUUAAGCAGACAUUUCCUAGUAUCGAUGAUUAUCACAUUGGAAAUUCUCGAGAUACUACCUUCGAAAAAAUGAUUUUACAACAAACCGAUGGUGCAGGUGUAGACAUCGUUCUAAAUUCCUUGGCGGAAGAUAAACUUCAAGCAUCUCUGCGUUGUUUGGCCCAUAGAGGACGAUUUUUAGAAAUUGGAAAGUUCGAUUUUGCAGCUAAUAAUGAAAUAAACAUUAGAAUAUUUAUGAAGGGUAUUAGUUUUCAUGGUAUAAUGUUAGAUAAAAUUAUAAACACGAAUGACAAAGUCAAGAACGAAAUUAGUUCAAUAUUCAACAUACUUCUUAAGGAAAAUGCUAUCAAACCGAUUAUUCGAACUGUCUUCGACAAAUAUCAAGUAGAGACAGCAUUGAGAUUCAUGGCAGCUGGAAAACAUAUGGGUAAAGUCCUUAUAAAGAUCCGCGAAGAGAAUGAACCACUUAAUACACCCAUUUUGGCUGAACCUUCUUAUACAUGUAUUCCCCAUAAAAGUUAUGUAGUUCUUGGUGGCUUGGGUGGUUUUGGUUUGGAACUAAUCGAUUGGUUAGUUCUUCGAAAUGCUCAAAAUAUUGUGAUUACUUCGCGGAAUGGCAUAAAGAAUGGUUAUCAGCGCAUGAAAAUCAAAACAUUGGAAUCAUAUGGUGUGAAUAUUAAGAUUCUUGUCGGUCUCGAUGCGGCUAAACGAGAUAGCUGUGAGCAUAUAUUGAAAAGCGCGAUAGAUUAUGGUCCAGUCGAUGGCAUAUUCAAUCUCGCGGUCUCUUUGAGAGAUAGUAUUUGUAUAAACCAAACACCCCAAACUUUUGAGGAAUCUUUCAAAGGAAAAGCAUGGGCUACAAGAUAUUUGGACGAGAUGACUAGAAAGCUUUGUCCAGAUCUACGACACUUCGUAGUUUUCUCUUCUGUCUCGUGCGGAAGAGGAAACGCCGGACAAACGAAUUACGGUAUGGCAAAUUCCAUUAUGGAGAGAAUAUGUGAGAAAAGGGUUGAAGAACAUUUACCUGGAUUAGCUAUACAAUGGGGAGCAAUUGGAGAUGUCGGUCUUCUUGCUGACAUGCAGAAUGCUGAUAAAGAACUUACUAUCUGUGGUACCUUACAGCAAAAAAUAUCAUCAUGUUUAGAAGUACUGAGUAGAUUCUUGGUACAGGAAAAAUCUGUAGUUUCUAGUAUGAUUGUUCCUGUAAAACGUGUACGUAACGUUGCGAAUAAUGUUGUAGAUGCUGUCUUAAACAUUAUGGGUAUUAAUGAUUUAAAGAAUGUCAGACCACACACUACGUUGGCUGAACUUGGCAUGGAUUCUAUGAUAGCUGUAGAAAUAAAAGAUAGAUUAGAGUGUGAAUUUGAAAUAUAUCUCACGACGCAAUAUAUUAGAAAUUUGAAUUUUGCUAAACUAGUUGAAAUGAAUAAUAAAUCGACUGAUAAUGACAGAAGAAAAGAUAACACGAGAGAAGAAAUAUUAAGUAGUAGAAAGAUGUUGAUGCAAUUGUUCGGUGAAAAUCUUUCCACCGAUGUAACCAUUUCGCUUAAAACUAAUCCAGAGGACGGUCGAAAAGAGAUAUUCUUUCUACCAGGAAUCGAAGGAUAUGGUAGUGUUUUCAAACCAUUAGAAUCGAAAAUUAAAUCACCAGCGACUUGUUUUCAAUUGGCUGCGAAUUGUGAAUUAAAAACUAUUCCAGCUAUGGCCAAUUUAUUUCUACCGCAUAUAUUAGGGAAACUUCAAGAUCGAAAUGACUUCAUAUUAGUGGGGUUUUCAUUUGGAUCGCUCGUAGCAAUUGAACUAACCCGAAAGUUAGAAGCCAGAGGAUUUAAUGGCCAGCUUAUAUUGAUUGACGGUGCUCCUCAACAUAUUAAGACUCUUAUACAACAACAAUUGCAUUCGUCAUCGCAGGAGGAAUUCGAAAGCAAUAUUUUGCUUGCUAUAUUGAAUGCAUUUAUAUUUAUUAAUUCUGCAGAGCUUAAAUUUGAAUUAAGAAAAUGUAGUUCGUGGAAUGAAAAAGUGAAUGCAUUUUUUAAUAUACUAUCCUCUGAACAAAGAGAAUUGUUUUUUAAAAGUAAUCAAAAGGAUAUUAUUCAUUCUCUUUAUGUUAGAUUACAAGCAGCUGUAGCAUAUAACCCAGAACCAAUACCAUAUGUAAGAGCACCAAUUACGUUGUUCAAACCUAUGUUAGCGUCUGUACGAAACGAGCAAUAUGAUUAUGGACUGCAGAAUAUUACUGAAGCCAAAGUGGAUGUACACGUUGUCGACGGCGAUCAUAUCACGAUGUUAGAAGAUAUGAAAAUUGCAAUGGCAAUUAAUGAUGAAUUGUUCGACGUUGCUGAGGGAUUUUAAAAAAAUCUAAUGAAAGAAAACUACUGAAAAUGAAAAUUAUAAAAUUAAUUUAUAGUGUUCGGGACAUACGUACAUCGGGAUUCCGAUGAUAUAAAAUGGAUGAUAAGAUGAUUUAAUUAAGCUUAUAAAACAUUAUAUUUAAUGUAAACGGAAAACUAUACAAAUCGGAAUUAACGAAGCAGGAAUAGAUCUAAAUACUUCUAUGUAGCUGUUUUAGGUCAAAUUCUCGAUUGAUCUUAGCUCAAUUAUGUAUAAUUUUGGUAGUAAUUUCGAACAAUGAAUUCUUGAAAAAGUAUAGCGUAUAGACGUACAUAUAUAUAGACAUAUUUAUAUACCUAUAAUAAAAUUUUGUCGCACUCAAUUACUUUGUGUUAAGUACUUUAUGGAAUGCUAAAAAUUCGCGAACAAGUUAUGUUUUAGCAAUUUUUUUAUAUUAUACUGUUUUACAUGCUCUAUAAAGGACGUAUAGGACAAUUAGGAACUUUUGCGAGACACGUUUUAUUAAGACGUGUCAAAAUCGCUAGUUGCCUAGAGAUGGCCUUCUAGUUCGGAUUCACUUUGAACUCGUCUAAGUCGUACCGAUAUAUAUAUAUAUACAUAUAUAUAUAUAUAUAUAUAUAUAUCUAUAUCUGGAUAUAUAUAUAUCUGCGCUUGCGCAUCGAUCAAUCAAUAUUUAUAAGAUUGAAGCUAGUUACUUCACGAAGCACAUCUUCAACAAAUGGCGAUCGAGACCUCUUUGAUAUAAUUCGGCCACGAAAAACGAUUUAUAAGAUGAAGUCCAAUUUUAUUUUUAUAUUCAAAUUGCUUAUUGCAACUUCACUCUAUGGAUCUCUCAAUACGUAGAGUCACGAAAACGAAACAGUCUAACCACCGAUUAAUUGCGAUUUCUUAACAACUGAAAACAUUUCAAGGCUUUCGCCAGACAUUAGCUAUCGAUACAUAAAAUUAUCCGUUAUAAUAAAGCUUCAAUUUAUUAUCGCAUUUUCAUUUUUGUAUAAUUGAUGCGUUAGGAUAAAAAUAUAAUUAAAUAGUAUAAUAUAAUAUACGAACGUUAUUAUUAAACGCUAUCAAUUCUUAAAAUUUCGUAUUAAGAAUAAGAGUCGCCUAAUUCACUGAAAAGUGUAGUGCUCUUUCGUGUUAUUACGAGUUCGAUGAAUUAUUACGCAACCCCAACAUAAAAUUUGCAAAUUUAACAUAAACAAAUCUUCCAAAUUUAACAUAAAUGAAGACGUAUCACAUCGCACGGAAAUAAUAUCCAAAUUCGUUCAAUAAACGUAUUCUUCUUAGUACUCUGACGUAUUUCGAAUAGAUUGAUUCGUUAUAUAUGUCUAUUGAACAUAUUUCACGUAAAGAACGGAUAGAAUGCGAUGGGGAUAUGAUGAUGGUUGAUUCGAUAUAUUUCUCUUCUUUUACAAAUUUUGUCUAUGUGAUUUAAUGCGUGAAUCCGAGAACAGUAUAGAGAUAUUCAAUUUGAUUUGUUAAUUAUAAUUUACAGAUAAUUAGUAUAUAGUUUACAUAGUUAUAUUGCAAAUAUAAACAGAAAGAUUUGAA